CCUUCACUCCCUCGGCCAAACGCAGUCCGAGAAGGAGAGGCGUUGUGCUCAGAUCACCACGCCCUUCUGUCGCGCUCGGGCUCCUGUCGGUGCUGUGCUGGAUUGAUUUUGGUUUAACGUCAGUAUGGUGUUUCCGACGUUCUUCUUGCCUAAGAAGAGUGGCAGCGACUCCUCGGUGGCCGUGGGAGGCGAGGACCAGAUCACCUACUCGUGGCACAACGUCAAUGUCUACAGCAACCCGAGGGCGAGGUCCAGCAGGUCGCUCUUCAGCAGGAAGAAGCAGGAGUCGAGCGAGAAACACAUUCUUAAAGAUGUGACGGGCAUCUGUCGUCCCGGCGAGCUGCUGGCGAUCAUGGGGGCGUCGGGCGCGGGCAAGACGACGCUGCUCAACGUGCUCACGCACCGCAACAACGACAAGCUGCGCAUCGUCGGCGACCUCUUCGUCAACGGCCACCGCGUGGACCCCGACUCCCUCACCAGCCGCUCCGCCUACGUGCAGCAGGACGACCUCUUCAUCGGCAUGCUCACCGUCAGGGAGCAGCUGGUGUUCCAGGCGAUGCUGCGAAUGGACCGGCACCUGACGUACGACCAGCGAAUGGGUCGUGUGGACGAGGUCAUCAGUGAGCUCGGCCUGAUGAAGUGUGCGGAGACGAAGAUCGGAGUCCCGGGCAGGAUCAAAGGAAUAUCUGGAGGAGAGAUGAAGAGGCUGGCCUUCGCGUGCGAGGUGCUGACGAACCCGCCCCUCAUGUUCUGCGACGAGCCCACCUCCGGCCUGGACUCCUUCAUGGCCCAGAACGUGGUGGCCGUCAUGAAGAACAUGGCCGAGCGGGGAAAGACCAUCAUCUCCACCAUCCACCAGCCCAGCUCCGAGGUCUACGCCAUGUUCGACCGCGUCCUCCUCAUGGCAGAGGGACGGGUCGCUUACCUGGGCGAGGUCGACGCCGCCUACCAGUUCUUCAACAGGAUCGGGCUGCCGUGUCCGCCCAACUACAACCCGGCCGACUUCUUCAUCUCGACGCUGGCCAUCCAGCCGGGCAAGGAGGACAGCUGCCGGAAGGCCAUCGCCAUGAUCUGCGACGAGUUCGCCAAGUCCGAGGAGGGCAUCAACAUCGGGAAGGCCGUCCUCGAGAACUCCAAGGACUCGGACGUAAACGGAUACGACAGCCUGGCAGACAUCGAAGUCAAGAAAUCUCCUUAUAAGGCAUCGUGGCUCAAGCAGUUCAGGAGCGUGUUGUGGAGGUCAUGGUUGGAGGUCAUCAGGGAACCUAUGCUUAUCAAAGUCCGCUUCGCCCAGGUCAUGGCCAUCGCGCUCCUCAUCGGGAUCAUCUACUUCGGACAGACUCUCACCCCAGGAAGGAAUCACCAACAUCAACGGCGCUCUCUUUCUCCUCCUCACCAACAUGACUUUCCAGAAUGUCUUCGGGUCGUCAGCACAUUCUGCGCCCAGCUGCCCAUCUUCCUCCGAGAGCACUUCAACGGCAUGUACCGCACCGACGUCUAUUUCCUCUCCAAGAUGAUCGCCGAGAUGCCCUUCCACAUCAUCUACCCGUUCGCCUUCGUCGCCAUCGCCUACCACAUGGUUGGCUUCACCGAUGACUACGUAACUCUUCAUUCCGCCGGGAUUUCAUUCUGGUGGCCACAGCCCCAUUUCCUUCCGGAGAAGGCGGAGGGUGAACUGCUUCAUCUCCGCCGGAUCGUCAUUCUGGUGGCCAACAGCGCCAUCUCCUUCGGUUACAUGAUUUCGUGCAUGUCGAAGAAUCUGAGCGUUGCCCUUGCAAUUGCAGCGCCGUUGAUCAUUCCUCUUAUGCUGUUUGGAGGAUUCUUCUUGAACAGCGGCUCAACCCCCGUUUACCUGACGUGGCUGAAGUACCUCUCCUGGUUCAGUUACGGCAACGAGGCCCUCCUUCUGAACCAGUGGCAGGGCGUCAAGUCCAUCCCCUGCAACACGAACCAGACUUGCUUCCCCAACGGCCAAGCGGUCCUGUCCUUCUUGCACUACGAAAACGGAAGCAUCACGGUCAACGUGUUCUGCCUGAUCGCCCUUAUCAUCGGCUAUCGGAUCCUGGCGUUCCUGGCUCUCCUCACCAAGACUUUUAGGAAACAGUAGUUCGUUUCGCUUCGCCUCCGUGUUCGAGACCUCAACGCGCGGGUGUUUUCGAAGCUCCGAAGAGAAUUCGGGGUUCGGUUGGCGGGAAGGCUAGGUUAGGAAUAGCUCGAGAAGGUGUCAUGGCGUCUGAUUCUAUUUUUAGAAAAAAAAAAACACGUGGGGUUUAUUUUGAUGACGUCACAAAAGCUACG